AUGCAGUGCAUAGAAGAUAUCAGCGAAGAGGCCUGGCAGAAUUAUAUCAAUCUCUUUCUACCCACUGAGAUGUGUGGCGAUGCAGCAAUUAUCACCAAUUCCCCACCCUGGUUAUUAGCUUCUUAUCCUGAUGGCAACUUGUUCCAGUUGACCCAGGAGGAAAUUCAGAUAUUGCUGGGAAGAGAGGAGAGAGAGAAGUUAUUUCUCCAGGGACUUACCCUUGCAGGAACCAAAUGCUUGUUAAUCCGGGACAACCUGUACACUGAAGGCAACAACACCAUGGACCUGCGCACCAAGGGCCAAAGUCGAGGCAGCCAGGCAGUGACCGUGGUUCAGAUUGAGUCUGUUUAUCUCGUGGUUAUGGGACUAAAAGGAACUGAAGGAGGGCCUCUCAAUCUCAAAGCUUUUGAGAUGGCAACUUACAUCAGAGAAGCCAUUCUUCAACACAUGACCCACGUCUAA